AUGGUGAAAUCUUACUUCAAAUUCGAGCACUCGAAUACGUUCGGGCUCGUCGCCUCGGCGACCUCAAAUGCGAUCUGGACAAAGGAUGAGCCGACCGGCGGCGCAGUUCGCCAGACAGGCGCAGGUCGGGCCAUUGUCGGUGCUAGCGAGGAGGUACUUUGCUGGGAUGUGAAGAAGGGGGAAUUGUUGGGACGCUGGCGCGACUCGGCGUGCAAAGCGCAAGUGACCGUGGUUACGCAGAGUAAGACGGACGAGGAUAUCUUCGCGGUUGGAUAUGAGGAUGGCAGCAUUCGCAUCUGGGAUUCUAGAACCAGCACGAUCAUCAUUUCCUUCAACGGUCACAAGUCCGCCAUUACCCAACUCGCCUUCGACCACGCGGGCGUGCGCAUUGCCAGUGGCUCCAAGGAUACCGAUAUCAUCGUCUGGGACCUGAUCUCCGAGACCGGUCUUUUCAAGCUUCGAGGACACACCGACCAGAUCACCUCGCUCCACUUCCUCUUUCCGUCACCCGAAAUACUCCAGGCGUCAGGCAUGAGUGAGCAUUCGGGCUUCCUGUUGACCACUGGCAAGGAUGCGUUGAUCAAGAUUUGGGAUCUGGCAUCACAGCACUGCAUCGAAACCCACAUUGCGCAGACAAAUGGUGAAUGUUGGAGCCUGGGUCUUUCACCCGACCAAGGUGGCUGUAUCACCGCCGGCAAUGAUGGAGAGUUGAAGGUCUGGUCGAUUGAUGAAGGAGCUAUGGUUGAGAUUUCGAAGGAAAAUUUGAGCGCAAAUGGUCGCCGAAUCCUUACUGACCGGGGAACUUUCUACCGCCACGGCAAGGAUCGUACACUCGGCAUCCGAUUCCAUCCUCGCCUGGAUUACAUUGGUGUCCAUGGCUCCGAGAAGUCGGUGGAGAUCUGGCGCAUUCGAUCACAGACCGAAGUGCAGAAGAGUAUGGCGCGGAAGCUUAAGCGCAGAAAGGAGAAGGAGGCGCAACGCCAAGCCGAGGAGAAGGGAACUGAUGCUGACAAGGAAAAGGCCAAGGAUGCCUCUUCUGCUCCCGUCUCGGAAGUCUUCGUUCCCCACGUCAUUGUCCGAACCGGUGGAAAGAUCCGUUCGUUCGACUGGAUGACCAACAAGUCUAGCGGGUUGAAUCUGCUUGCCGCAACAACAAACAACCAGCUUGAGGCAUACAACGUUGUUCCGGCGAACAAGAAGACCAAGGAUGAGGAAGACUCGGAGUAUACCCGUAGCCUGGCCGUGGAUAUCCCAGGCCACCGCACAGAUAUCCGGUCAAUUUCUUUGAGCUCCGAUGACCGCAUGCUUGCCUCUGCUUCGAACGGUAGUUUGAAGAUUUGGAAUGUCCGUACUGAGGCCUGUCUGCGUACUCUUGAGUGUGGUUAUGUCCUCUGCUCUGCAUUCCUGCCUGGUGACAAGAUUGUGGUUGUUGGAAACAAGAAUGGCGAACUGGAAGUGUUUGACAUUGCGUCUUCGACCCUACUGGACACGAUCAAGGCGCAUGAUGGCCCUGUCUGGUCUCUUCAUGUUCACCCUGAUGGAAAGUCCAUGGUCAGUGGAAGUGCAGACAAAACUGCCAAGUUCUGGGAGUUCAAGGUUGUUCAAGAAGAGAUUCCCGGUACCAAGCGUACCACUCCUCGUCUCAAGCUGGUGCACACCAGAACCCUGAAGGUCAGCGACGACAUCCUCAGCCUUCGCUUCUCGCCGGAUUCCCGACUUUUGGCGGUCUCUUUGCUGGACAACACUGUCAAGGUCUUCUUCGUCGACUCCCUCAAAUUAUACUUGAAUCUUUACGGCCAUAAGCUUCCAGUUCUGAGUAUGGAUAUCUCUUAUGAUAGCAAGCUGAUCGUGACUUGCUCGGCCGAUAAGACUGCACGCCUUUGGGGACUGGACUUCGGUGAUUGCCACAAAUCUCUGCUUGCCCACGAGGACAGUGUGAUGUCUGUGGCCUUUGUCCCGCACAACAAAGACGGAAACGGUCACAACUUCUUUAGUGCCAGUAAGGACCGGGUCAUCAAAUACUGGGAUGGCGACAAGUUCGAGCAUAUCCAGAAGCUGUCCGGGCACCAUGGAGAGAUCUGGGCUCUGGCCAUGAGCCACUCGGGUGAUUUUAUUGUCAGUGCCAGUCAUGACAAGAGCAUUCGUAUCUGGCAGCAAACAGAUGAACCCUUGUUUCUGGAGGAAGAGCGCGAAAAGGAAAUGGAGGAGGCUUAUGACAACACCCUAACCGCAUCUCUUGAGCAAGACGAGGACGGCGAGGAUGGUGAGAAGGCCGAAGCAGUUGAUGCCGGCAAGCAGACUACAGGCACCUUGAUGGCUGGAGAAAAGAUCAUGGAAGCUUUGGAUAUCGGCAUGGAGGAUCUCGCGAUCGUUCAGGACUGGCGCAGAGUCAAGGCGACAAACCCGAAUGCCGCACCUCCUGAUCGCAACCCGUUGUAUCUUGCCCUGAACAACGUGUCCGCUGAGCAACAUGUUCUCAAUACCGUGCAGAAGAUUCCAGCGGCCGCUUUACAAGAUGCUCUCUUGGUUCUGCCCUUCUCCAAACUCGACGCCCUCUUCACCUUCCUCAAUAUCUGGGCCGAGCGCGAGUGGAACGUGCCUCUUACCUGCCGCGUUCUAUUUUUCAUGCUGAAAACACAUCAUCGCCAAAUUGUUUCAAGCAAGAUCAUGCGCCCGAUGCUUGACAGCAUCCGUGCCUCGCUGCGCCGUGUGCUUGCUCGUCAAAAGGACGAGAUAGGAUUCAACCUUUCUGCCCUGCAAUUCAUCGGCAACCAAAUCCGCGAGCACAACACCAAGGAUUAUAUCGAUGAGGAGAACUGGACAGAGCCGCAGACGCAGCAGGGAACCGGCAAGAAGCGACAGUUCAUGAGCGUCGCUUAA